CAGCCCCUAGCUAACACUACAAAAAUAUUCUCUCCUCUCUUGGAAUAAAAGAAGAAAAAACAGAACGGUCAGACUUCGGAGAGCUACUACCAGCAAAACCGGAGGUUCAUUUCGAUCUAUCAAUGGCGGAGAAGAGCUUCAAGUACGUGAUCGUCGGUGGUGGUGUCGCGGCUGGGUAUGCUGCUAGAGAGUUUGCCAAGCAGGGAGUUCAGCCGGGUGAACUAGCAAUUAUUUCCAAAGAGGCGGUGGCUCCAUAUGAGCGUCCUGCACUAAGCAAAGGUUAUCUGUUUCCUGAGGGAGCUGCAAGACUUCCAGGUUUCCAUGUCUGUGUUGGAAGUGGAGGAGAAAGACUGCUACCUGAAUGGUACAGCGAGAAAGGAAUUCAGUUGAUACUUGGCACAGAAAUUGUCAAAGCUGAUCUUGUUGCCAAGACUCUUGUCAGUGCUGCAGGGGAGGUCUUUAAGUAUCAAGUUUUAUUAAUUGCUACUGGUUCCACUGUUAUUAAACUGUCUGAUUUUGGUGUACAAGGUGCUGAUGCUAAGAACAUCUUCUAUUUAAGAGAAAUUGAUGACGCUGAUAAGCUGGUGGAAGUUAUUAAAGCAAAAAAGAAUGGAAAGGCUGUGGUUGUUGGGGGAGGCUAUAUUGGUCUUGAGCUCAGUGCAGCUUUGAAAAUAAACAAUCUUGACGUUAGCAUGGUCUAUCCAGAACCUUGGUGUAUGCCUAGGCUUUUCACUGCUGGAAUUGCUGCCUUCUAUGAGGGUUACUAUGCUAACAAGGGAAUCAAAAUUAUCAAGGGAACGGUUGCAGUUGGCUUCACCACUGACUCAAAUGGGGAGGUGAAGGAAGUGAAACUUAAGGAUGGCAGGACCUUGGAAGCCGACAUUGUUAUUGUUGGCGUUGGUGGAAGACCAUUGAUAUCACUAUUUAAAGGGCAGGUUGAGGAGGAGAAAGGUGGAAUAAAGACCGAUGCAUUUUUCAAAUCAAGCCUUCCUGAUGUAUAUGCUAUUGGGGAUGUGGCUACCUUUCCCAUGAAACUGUACAAGGAUAUGAGAAGAGUUGAACAUGUUGAUCAUGCCCGUAAAUCAGCUGAGCAGGCUGUAAAGGCUAUCAAGGCAGCUCAGGCAGGGAAAUCAAUUGAAGAAUAUGACUACCUUCCUUAUUUCUACUCUCGUUCCUUCGAUCUGUCAUGGCAGUUCUAUGGUGACAAUGUUGGUGAAACCGUGCUUUUCGGAAACAAUGAUCCCACAUCAGCAAAUCCGAAAUUUGGAACAUACUGGAUUAAGGAUGGAAAAGUUUUGGGGGCUUUCCUGGAGGGCGGAACCCCAGAAGAGAACAAGGCUAUUUCUAAAGUUGCAAAGCUCCAACCACCAGUCGAGAGCUUGGAUCUGCUGACAAAGGAAGGACUGGCCUUUGCCUGCAAGAUCUGAAACUGCCCUAUUCAGAGACUAAAGUGUGAAUUCCUUGGACGUUUGGGUUGUUGAGCUUUACUCCUUAAAGAGUAAUUUUUAAACUUUGUUAAUGUACUUUCGAAUUUAUUACAUAAAUUUGAGAUUCACUUCCUCUUCUUGAUAAUGUUCAUAUUAAUAAUAGCCUGGUCUCUUUUUCGAUGA